GUACAACUUAGUGGUACGUAGCACCGUUACAUAUACAAAAAAUGAUAUUGUUUUUGUUACAACGAGGUAGCAAAGCUUUGAGCCUGAAUGUCUGCGGAUUAUUUGCAGUAUCUUUAGAGUGCUUUGCGACGCUGCCGAGUACAUCAAUAUCUUACUUCACUGACACGUACUCUACACUAAAAUGACAAGAAGGAUUAUUUAUUUAUCUCAUCUAUUAGUAUAAAUGUAGUAUCAACAGGUACAGUAUAUAUGUAUAUAUACAAUAUAUUUAAUACAUAUAAAUGUAAUAUCGUACACUGGAACGCAGAAGUAGUGGUACGACGCGGUAUUUUUCCUUUCAAUUUUAUUUUGAAUAAAGUUGGCAAAAGUACAUUUAAUGUCUAUAUUUUUUCCAAGAUUGUGAUAUCUAUAAACUAUCCACAGUCCCUAUAAGCGAGUAAGAAACAUUUAUUAGAUUAUAAUUGUAAUUUGAGAUUACUCCGACAUUAUCACUAUAUCCGACACGAAAUCACGCCGACAAUAUUUAUCUUGAGAUGUUUCUUUUGUUUCCAUGCAAUCGACCGCAAGAAUUCAUCAAUUAUUAUAACAGUGUAAUAAGCAAAGUGAUGGAAAAAAAUAAAUUCUUAAUAAGAUUCUUUUUAACUAGUUAUAGCAUACACUUAAAUAAGAUAAUAUCCGAUAUUUGAUUUGUCUCAAAUAUUAUUGUACGAGAUCUUAUUGUACGAGAGAAUAUUCAAUUCUUUUUAAAUAUGAAUUCUAUAGAACUCAUUAAAUAUAUAAGAGAAAAGCUUACGUUCGAGUAACAGUGGUUCGUUGUACUUCGUUUACCAAUAAUUCCAUAGUUGGUACAUAUGUCAGAAAUAUCAGAAAGCUCUCCGUCCAAAAUGUGAGCAAGUUUUAUAAGUGUACAUAUUAAAAUAAAAUGUGGAAAACAAAAUAAUUUCCUUUAGAAACAGAAAAUUGCGCUUUAUUGACUGCGAGUAUUUUUUCAUGGGAGACAGGAACAUAUAUUUCACAUUUCUCUCAUUGUAAAAUAAAAUGCUUAAUAGUUAAUGUUUUUUCUAACUGAAAUUGUAAGGGUUUAAGUCGCAUGGUGAUAUUACACGGUGAUAUAGCCUUGCAUUACACACUUAUAUCAAAUUAUGUCAAAUUAAACAAUUUACAUCGGCUAUACAUUCGAUCGAUUGUCCGCAAUGAGGGGUUGCAUACAUCGUAAGCAAACUAUUUUAGAGUCAAACACGUCUCGAUGUUCGUAAAAUGACGAUCUAUAUCAUAGAGCGAUACUUCAGUUUCAAUCGGAUUAUUCUGCUCGCUAUUGGCUUGUGGCCUUACGAACAAUCAACAUUUGCUCAACUUCAGAUGGUAGUUAUUCUUGGUAUUUUGAUAAGCUUCGACGCAUUCCAGUUGUCGAGACUUUUAUUUGUAGAAUGCACUUUUGACUUUACUCUUAAAAUGCUUUCCAUCUCAUUGCUCUUCACUUUUUAUGUAAUUAAGUAUAUGUCAUGUUGGGUUAAUAUCGAAACUAUUAGAUAUUUAUUGGAGCAACUGCAGCACAUAUACAAUGGACUAAAAGAUAAAAAUGAAAUUGCUAUUUAUGAGAAAUAUGGAAACACUGCAAAACGUUUUACGGUCAAUAUAAUAAUAGUUGAAAUAUCCAUUAUGGUUUUUGGUUUUGUAAUGGAAAUUUGGCCAUACAUAUUUGACGUCAUUAUGCCUAAAAAUGAGACUUAUGCACGUCAUUUGAUAAUACUUAUAAGCAAAUAUUAUAGUAUAGAAGAGAAGUAUUAUUAUUUAAUCUUUCUGCAUUUGAACGCAGCACAUGCUGUGGGGUCAUUAAUAUUAAUAGCAGUAGGAGCAAUAAUGUUAUCGUAUAUCAAAUAUAUUUGUGGAAUGUUCAGAAUUGCUAGCUACCGUCUUGAACGAGCAAUGACGACCAAUAAUACAUUGCAAAACAGUUUGAAGAAUGAAUUUGUGAUUUACAAAGAGAUAAUCUAUGCUAUAGAUAUUCAUCGCAAGGCUAUAGAAUGCGCUGAAUAUAUUGUGUCCAACUUUGAAAAGUCAUAUGUUUUUAUCAUAGCGACUAAUGUGCUUUGUGUGAGCCUCAAUCUUUAUCGAGUAUCUCAAAUUGAAUCACCAAUGAAAGAAAAAGAAGAAACUUUGUCGCAUUUUUUUAUUACGCUUUUCAUUCUUCUAUACAUGUUCAUAGCUAACUAUGCUGGACAAGAAAUUAUUGAUGACAAUAAUCACGUUUUUUUUACCGCGUACAACAUUCCAUGGUAUCUAGCUCCCUUGCACAUACAGAAACUGAUAUUAUUUUUAUUACAAAGAAAUAGCAAAGCUUUCACUUUGAAUUUCCAUGGAUUACUCAUAGCAUCUUUGGAAUGCUUUGCUUCGCUGGCAAGUGCAUCGGUAUCUUAUUUCACUAUCAUGUACUCUUUCUCAAGACUCUUCAAGGCAGAAUGUAGCACUGAUCAUGCUAUCAUAAUAAUCUCUUGCGCGACAUUUUAUGUUAUGCUCACGAUUAUGUUCAUCUGCUUUUGGAUUAACAUGAAAAAUACAAAAUAUUUCUUGGACCGAUUGCAAUGCACCUAUAACGGGCUAAAGGACAGAAACGAAAUGGCUAUUUAUGACAAAUACGGAUAUAUUGGAAAACGUUUAACGAUUAUACUGACAGUACUUAUUAUGGGCGCAGUAUUUGGUAAUUUUAUUAUACUAUAUUUGCCGUACAUUCUUGACAUCGUCAUGUCGAAAAAUGAGUCUUACGCAAUUCACAUAAUGGAAAUGGUGACCAAGUACUUCAUUGUAUCAGAAAAGUAUUACUUUUUAAUUCUUGUGCAUCUGAACGCAACCUGUUCUGCAGAACUGAUCGUAUUCACAGCGACGGCAACAACGCUGAUGUCGAUUUUCAAGCAUAUCUGUGGAAUGUUUGAGAUUGCCAGAUUCGCAAAAUGUUUCAUGAAAAAACUUGAAGGAUCAUUCUUCUUUUUGAUAAUAGCUACUGUGCUCUGCUUGAGUUUCAAUCUUUUUGGUUUAUUUCACAUUGAGUCACCUACGGAGGAAAUGGAAGAAGUUUUAUUACACAAUGGAGCUGUGAUAAUUAUACUCGUGGUGCUGUUCCUAGCUAAUUAUACGGGACAAGAAAUUACAGAUCAUAGCAAUUCUGUAAUUCCGCAGUCAAGUGCGAAGUUUCGACGAUCGCGAAACAUGAUCUGUAUUACAAAGCAGUACUUCAAUUGGAAUCGGGUACUUCUGCUCCCUAUGGGCUUGUGGCCUGACAAGGAAACAAAAUUCACUCGUUUUCGAGCAAGUUUAUUUGGUUGUCUUCUGAUGAGCAACAUUGCAUUUCAGGAUCAACAAAUUUCAUGUUUGCAGCUGUCACGACUCUUCUUUGCAGAAUAUAGCUUUGAUCUUGUUAUCAAAAUACUUUCUUCCUCGUCAUUUUUUUGCACACUCGCGAUUUUGUUCAUGUCUUUUUGGAGUAAUAUGGAAACUAUGAAAUAUUUAUUGCAUCAAUUGCAACACAUUUACGAUGGGCUAAAGGAUCAAAACGAAAUUGCUAUCUAUGAAAAAUACGGAUACAUUGGAAAAUGUAUUUCGGCCAGACUGACAAUAUUUACUAUAUGCGGUCUAUUUUUUAAUUUUAUCAUAAUAUAUUCGCCGUUCAUUCUUGACGUCGUCAUACCGAAAAAUGAAUCUUACGCGAUUUUCAUAAUGAAAAUGGUGACCAAGUACUUCGUUGUAUCAGAAAAAUAUUAUUUUUUAAUUAUUGUGCAUAUGAACGCAGCUUGUUCUGCAGGGUUGAUCGUAUUCGUAGGGACGGGAACAACGAUGAUAUCGUACUUCAAGUAUGUUUGUGGAAUGUUUGAUAUUACCAGCUACCGAAUUGAGCAAGCAAUGGCGAACGAAUUGUUACGUAACACUGACAUAAAUAAAGAAAUUGUGAUUUACAGAGGGAUAAUCUGUGCCGUAGAUAUACAUCGCACAGCCAUGGAGUUUACCAAAUGUUUUAUAACUAAAACUGAAGUACUAUUUUUCUUGUUAGUUAUAGCUGGUGUGCUUUGCUUGAGUUGCAACCUUUUUCGUUUAUUUAAAAUUGAGUCCCCUAUGGAGCAAGUGGAAGAAGUUUUAUUACACUUUAUCGCUCUAAUAAUCAUACUCGCGGGUACAUUCCUAGCCAAUUAUGUUGGACAAGAACUUAUGGAUUACAAUAAUCACGUAUAUGUAACCACAUACGAUGUUUCAUGGUACUUAGCACCGGUGGACAUACAAAAAUUGAUACUGUUUUUAAUACAAAGAAGCAGUCGAAUUUUCUGCCUGACUGUUGGUGGAUUAUUUACAGCAUCUUUAGAAUGUUUCGCUACACUGGUGAGUGCGUCAGUAUCUUACUUCACCUUCAUGUACUCCAUGCAGCAAUAAUAAAAAAACUAAAAAUCGAGUAGAAAUCUUGCGUGAUAGCUUACUAGAAUAGAGCAAGUAGAUAUAAAGCACACAACAUUCAACCUUCUUUUUUUAUAUUUAGAAUGUCGAUUAUGAUGUUAUUCAGUUAUUACCUAUGCGGCAUUUACUUUCAGACGCUUAAAUAUAGAAAAAAGUAUAAAAUGGAAAGAACUGUUUUAGACAAAAAUUGUAAGAUUAAAAAAAACGUAUUGUAAUGCUAAUAGUUUGGCCCUGCGGCGAAUGUCAAGGAGAAAUAAUGAAAUAAUCACCU